AUGUUUUAUUUUUUGCAUUUUUUUUUCUCAGUGGAAUUGGUGUAUUUUUUGAAGUUCACUUCAUGCAACAUUAUCGCUCCCUUCUUUGCUUUUGUCUUGCUUUGUGGGAUUUUUUUAUUCUUUCUUUCUUUCUUUUUUUCUUUCUUUCUUUCUUUCUCUUUUAACGUCUUUUUCUUUGCAAAUAACUGUCAUCUUGUUUUUUUUUUCUUUGGUUUUCCCCUUCCUUUCUUUCGUAUUUUUUUUCUUUUUUCCUUUCCUUCUUUGUUUCUUUCAUUUUUCCUUCUUUGUUUCUUUGUUUCUUUCUUUGUUUCUUUCUUUCUUUUCAACUUAUUGUCUUCUUUCUUUUCCGUCUUUCUUCCUAUAAACGUCACCAUCUUUUCCUUUGGUUUUCCCCUUUCCCUUUUCUUUCUUUCUUUCUUUCUUUCUUUCUUUCUUUCUUUCUUUCUUUUCAACUUAUUGUCUUCUUUCUCUUCCGUCUUUCUUCCUAUAAACGUCACCAUCUUUUCCUUUGGUUUUCCCCUUUCCCUUUUCUUUCUUUCUUUCUUUCUUUCUUUCUUUCUUUCUUUUCAACUUAUUGUCUUCUUUCUUUUUCGCCUCUCUUCAGAUAACUCCUGUCUUCCAUCAAUUGCAAAUCGAUUUUUCUUUCUUUAUUAUUUCUAUUCGACUCGUUGCAUUUAUUCUUUUAAGCUUCUCUUCCUUCAUCUGUAUCAGCUUUUCUUUCCAGCUGUCUCCAAGCAAAACGUCGAACUUUCUGUUUCGGGCAGAUAUUUUUGUAUCUUUUUUUCAUUCGAGCCCAUCAUUUUUUUCAGAGUUCUAUCUGGUUUCUUUCUUUCUUUCUUUGUUUUCCAUUCUUCCCUUUUUCUUUCUUUCAUCCUUUCUUUCCAUCUCUUUUCUUGCUUUUCAUUUUCUUUUACUUACUUUUCAGUUUCUUUCUUUCUUUCUUGUUCUUUCUUUUUCUUUCUUUCUUGUUCGUUUUUUCUUUCUUUCUUUCUUUUUCUUUCUUUCUUUUUUCUUUCUUUCUUUGUUUUCCUUUCUUGCCUUUUUCUUUCUUUCAUCCUUUCUUUCCAUCUCUUUCCUUGCUUCUCAUUUUCUUUUACUUACUUUUCAGUUUCUUUCCUUCUUUCUUUCUUUCUUUUUUUCUUUCUUCUCUUGUUUUUUUUCUUUUCUUUCUUUUCUUUUUUCUUUUUUUUUUCUUUCUUUCUUUUGUUUUCCUUUUCUUGCCUUUUUCUUUCUUUCAUCCUUUCUUUCCAUCUCUUUUCUUGUUUCUCAUUUUCUUUUACUUACUUUUCAGUUUCUUUCUUUCUUUCUUUCUUUCUUUCUUUCUUUCUUGUUCGUUUUUUCUUUCUUUCUUUCUUUUUUUUUCUUUCUUUUCUUUCUUUUCUUUUUCCUUUUUUUCUUUUCUUGGUUUCUUUUUCUUUUUAUAAAAUUAGGACAAAUUACAAAAAUUUCAGUUUCUUUCUUUUGAAUUUCUUUUCGUUUUUCUUUCUUUCUUAA